ACACGCGCUCACCUUGACGCGGGUGACGCUCGGGGCCGUGCCGGAGCGGACUGGGGUAAAUGUCGGACGCUCGUGCACAGUCACGGUCCUGAAGCUCCAGACGGACAGCGGCCCCUCCGAGCGCGCGCAGCCGGACUCACAGCGUCACACAUGGGCGAGAAGCAGCAGAGCGGCCCCGGGGAGCCCCGGUACUACCGCCUCUCCGAGAUCGAGGAACAAAACUCCUUCAAGUCAACGUGGGUCAUCAUCCACAACAAAGUCUACGAUGUCACCAAGUUUCUCGAAGAGCACCCCGGGGGGGAGGAGGUGCUGAGGGAGCAGGCGGGUGGAGACGCCACCGAGAGCUUCGAGGACGUGGGACACUCGACCGACGCCCGCGAGAUGGCCAAAGACAUGAUCAUCGGAGAACUGCACCCGGACGACAGGGAGAAGCUCGCCAAACCUGCGGAUUCACUGGUGACGACUCUGCACGACGAGCCCAGUUCCUGGUCUAACUGGCUGAUUCCUCUGGUGGCGGCUGGAGCGGUGACGAUGAUGUACCGCAUGUACACCGACGAGAGCCAGUGACAUCAUCAUCAUCAUCAUCAUCAUCAUCACGCCAUCGCCAUACCGACCCCGCCCCCCCGACGCCAUCGCCGUGAUGACGUCACUUGUCUGGAACAGCCAAUCAGAUUUGAGCAUCAGGCGACAGGUUGAGCUCUAACCAAUCAGAUUAAAGCACUGUUAAUGAAAGAAAAUCACAAAAAUAAUAAAUAUUACAGAUAUAUAUUUUAUAUGUUUUUAGAGCUGGUUCAGACCUGGUUCAGACCUGGUUUAGUCCUGGUUUAGUCCUGGUUCAAACCUGGUUCAGACCUGGUUUAGUCCUGGUUUAGUCCUGGUUCAGACCUGGUUUAGUCCUAGUUUAGACCUGGUUCAGACCUGGUUCAGACCUGGUUUAGUCCUGGUUUAGUCCUGGUUCAAACCUGGUUCAGACCUGGUUUAGUCCUGGUUUAGUCCUGGUUCAGACCUGGUUUAGUCCUAGUUUAGACCUGGUUCAGACCUGGUUCAGACCUGGUUUAGUCCUGGUUUAGUCCUGGUUCAGACCUGGUUUAGUCCUAGUUUAGACCUGGUUCAGACCUGGUUCAGACCUGGUUUAGUCCUGGUUCAGACCUGGUUCAGACCUGGUUCAGACCUGGUUCAGACCUGGUUUAGACCUGGUUUAGUCCUGGUUUAGACCUGGUUUAGUCCUGGUUUAGCCCUGGUUCAGAAACGGGCUCAGUAUAAAUUGUUUUGUGUUUUUCGUGUGAUGUCAUAAUUUCAUAAUCACAGUGAUGUCGUUGACUUGAAGCAGCCAAUCACGUUUGAGCGGCGGAUGGACUGACCAAUCAGAGCAGAGCCAUGUUCGUUUAAACAUUUAUAGAUUUUAUAUUAAAUGUUGUUUUUAUUUUGUUUCAUGUGAAUCGCUUUAAAUCUGCUGCAUUCCGUUUAUUCAUGAAAAAUAAACUCAUAUUUUUCAA